AUGAAUAUUGGUUUCCUAAGAAUUAAAAGUUCUUUAUUAUCAGGGAGUUUUUUUGCAAAAAAAAUCUCCUUACCACUGCUUAUUAUUCGAACUGCAACAAAAAGAUCGGCUGGAUCAACAAAAAACAAUAGAGAUUCUCCUGGAAAGAGACUUGGAGUUAAGAAAUUCGGUGAAGAAAUGGUGAAAGCAGGAAAUAUUAUUGUUCGACAGAGAGGAACCAAAUUUUAUCCAGGAGAAAAUGUAGGUAUGGGUAGGGAUCAUACGCUUUAUGCUUUAGAGCCUGGAUUUGUCCAAUUUUAUCGAGACCCUCUUCAACCUAAAAGAAAAUUUGUAGGUGUUGUAUUUGACCGCAAAACCAAACUCCCCUUAUCUAAAGAUCAACCACGUAUUAGACGAUUAGGAAUGAAGGAAGUUGAAAUAAAUAAUAAUUAA